AUGAAAGGUAUUUCAAAGAUCAUUUCGGCUUCUAUAAUCCUAAUGAGGCUAGGCUCCUCAAGGGCUGAUCCUUGCGUUAACAAUCAAUUUAAUCAAAUGCCUGUGAUAAUGCCAUCUCAGGUCCUGAUUCCUGGAAAUCCAAACAAUGGACUAUAUAAUUGUUCAGGCAAUACGCCUCAGGUGUUCUACCCAACUACAAAUGGAGUACCAACUGCGCCAGGCACUACAACACCGCCCACUAGGUGUGAGGUCUCUGUUGUAAAGAAUUGUGAAGGUGCUGAAGAAACACCAAAUGAACCUGAGACAGUAAUAACGACUCCGCCUCCAGUGACUACGACACUUCCUUCAGAGGUAAUCACUGUACAGACAGUAGCUCCUCCAGCAUUAUCUACGCCACCACCAUCUACUCAGACACCCACAGUUGUUGGUGUUCCAGUAGUUGGACCGAAUGGAGAGCAAGGAGUUGUUGGCAUGCCUGCAGUAAUGGAUUGCAGUUAUCAUUUAACUCCGGGUGUGCCAGUAGCUCCGGGCAUGCCAGGUGUACCACUAACACCAUGCAAUAACAUAACGGGAGGAAAUAAUGUUCCAGUAACACCAACUGUACCGAUAACACCAAGCGCUCCAGUAAUGCCAGGUGUACCAACUGUACCUAUAACACCAAGCGUUCCAGUAGUGCCAGGUGCACCAACUGUACCGAUAACACCAGGUGUUCCAGCAGUGCCAGGUGCACCAGUAAUUACAAUUCCAGCAAAUUAUUGUAAUGCUUUAACAGGAGGGAUUCCAGUAAAUACACUUCCAGGUGCACCAAUAACUCUAUGCAAUAACAUAACAGGAGGAAAUAAUGUUCCAGUGACUCCAGGAAUGCCGAUAACGCCAGGGAUGCCGGUGACUACACUUCCAGGUGCACCAAUAACGCCAGGGAUGCCGGUGACUACACUUCCAGGUGCACCAAUAACGCCAUGCAAUAGCAUGUCUGUAACAACUUUACCAAACCCUUCAAUUGGUAAUAAUUCAUAUUUCUCAGAGUCUGAGCUACUUGGAAUCGGAAUGUCUUGCGUUAAUCUUGGAGAAGUAGGUAAAACAGGAGUUGCCGGAAAUCUGGGAGCUAAUGGAUGUCCUUAUAAUGUAUCUCCAAGUACGAAUGUGAAUGUUCCUGGAAUUGGCCCUCAAGUUUCCAUAGGAUCAUGCGGACUAAAAACUCCGAGAAUCAUAAUUAAUGAUCAAGAGUUUCCUGCUUCACCAGCAUUUGUGCAACAGAUGAAAGAUUGCCCUGUGAGUAGUUUAUGCGGUGAAAAUUCAUCAUGCGGUAUGGAAGCGUCUGGCUGCCAAUCCAGUUGCCAAGCCACCACAGGCUGCUCAAGCUCUCAAUAA